AUGUCUGCAAAACCACUCGCCCGUGAACGAAAGCCGUCUAUUGGUGUUCCUGUCGCCGAGUUGCUUCCCGUUGGCCCAGGCUUCAGUCGUCCAAAACACAAACGAACUUUCACUGGGUUUGGCCCGUCGGAGAUUAAGGCUGUGGAAGCUACUAUUCCGGAGAGAUUGAGGGAGACAUGGAGAAAAUAUUCGGCGAAUGGGUUUGAGGACAAGGGGGGAUUCGAGCGUGAAUUCAUCCGCCAUGUCGAGACGACUCUAGCCCGUUCGCUGUACAAUUGUGAUGAGUUGGCAGCCUACGCGGGUACCGCUCUGGCCUUCCGUGAUAAGAUGAUUAUCGAGUGGAACAAAACACAGCAGCGUCAGACGUUUGCGGACCAGAAGCGUGUAUAUUAUCUAUCGCUUGAGUUUCUCAUGGGAAGAGCUCUUGACAAUGCUAUGUUGAAUAUCGAUAAGAAGGAUGCUGCGAGAGACGGCCUUGGAGAACUGGGCUUCCGGAUCGAAGAUGUCAUCAGCCAAGAGCAUGACGCUGCUCUGGGAAAUGGAGGCUUAGGACGUCUGGCUGCUUGUCUUCUCGACAGUAUGGCUACAUUGGACUAUCCAGCAUGGGGCUACGGGCUUCGCUACCGCUAUGGCAUAUUCAAGCAGGAGAUAAUUGACGGAUAUCAGGUCGAGAUUCCCGAUUAUUGGCUUGACUUCAACCCCUGGGAGUUUCCACGACACGAUGUUACCGUUGGCAUUCAGUUCUAUGGCCAUUCUGAGAAACAUGAAGAUGAAAAUGGCAAGGUCAAGCACGUCUGGAGUGGCGGAGAGAUUGUUCAAGCGGUGGCAUACGAUGUGCCCAUUCCUGGAUAUGGGACUAAAACGACGAAUAACUUACGUCUUUGGUCUAGUAAAGCCAGCAGCGGCGAAUUCGAUUUUCAAAAAUUCAAUGCCGGUGACUAUGAAAGUGCAGUGUCGGAUCAGCAACGAGCGGAGACUAUCUCUGCUGUACUAUACCCGAAUGAUAAUUUAGACCGUGGCAAAGAGCUUCGUUUGAAACAGCAAUAUUUCUGGUGUGCUGCUUCUCUUUGGGACAUUGUGCGAAGAUUCAAAAAGUCCAAGCGCGCUUGGUCCGAGUUUCCGGACCAAGUUGCGAUUCAGUUAAACGAUACCCAUCCUACCCUCGCCAUCGUCGAGCUUCAGCGUAUCCUGGUUGAUCAGGAAGACUUGGAAUGGGAUGAGGCUUGGCAGAUUGUUGUCAAUACAUUCGGAUAUACCAAUCACACCGUUCUACCGGAAGCGCUGGAGAAGUGGUCGGUUCCGCUCCUGCAGCAUUUGUUGCCACGACACCUGGAAAUCAUCUAUGAUAUCAACCUGUUCUUCUUACAACAUGUGGAAGAGAAAUUUCCUGGUGACUGGGAACUCCUUUCUAGGGUUUCUGUGAUAGAAGAAUCGCAACCCAAGAUGGUGCGAAUGGCGUACCUAGCCAUCAUCGGGUCUCACAAGGUCAAUGGUGUAGCCGAACUACACUCCGACUUGAUCAAAACGACUAUCUUCAAGGACUUUGUCAAAAUAUAUGGUUCAGACAAGUUUACCAAUGUGACCAAUGGAAUCACACCCCGACGAUGGCUUCAUCAGGCGAACCCUCGCCUGUCCAGUUUGAUAGCGUCAAAGCUAGGUGGCUAUAAUUUCUUGAUCGACUUGACUCUUCUCGACGGUAUUGAAAGCUAUGCAAACGACCCUGACUUCCGUAGAGAAUGGACAGAGAUCAAGACUGCGAACAAAGAACGUCUUGCCAAGUACAUCAAGGAAACGACCGGGUACAGCGUUUCGCCAACUUCGCUCUUCGAUAUCCAAGUCAAACGUAUCCACGAAUACAAGCGACAGCAGCUGAACAUUUUCGGCGUCAUUCACCGAUAUCUGAAGAUCAAAUCAAUGACCCCCCAAGAACGCAAGAAGGUUGUUCCUCGCGUUUCAAUAUUUGGCGGCAAAGCUGCGCCGGGGUACUGGAUGGCCAAGACCAUCAUCCAUCUGAUCAAUGGCGUGGCUGCAGUCGUCAACAAGGAUGCUGAAAUCGGUGAUCUCCUCAAGGUCAUCUUCAUUGAAGACUAUAACGUGAGCAAGGCGGAAAUUCUCGUCCCGGCGUCCGAUAUCAGCGAACAUAUAUCAACCGCCGGUACUGAAGCCAGUGGAACCAGCAACAUGAAAUUUGUCCUGAACGGGGGCUUAAUCAUCGGAACUUGCGACGGCGCCAAUAUCGAAAUCACCCGAGAAAUCUCCGAAUCCAACAUCUUCCUCUUCGGCAACCUGGCCGAAGACGUCGACAGCCUCCGCCACAAACACCUCUACUCGGGCUUCACACUAGACGAACACCUCCACAAAGUCUUUGAGGCCAUCCGCGCAUCCGCCUUCGGCCCAGCCUCCGCCUUCGAGCCCCUUGUCGCGUCCAUCACCGACCACGGCGACUACUACCUCGUCUCCGACGACUUUAGCUCCUACAUCCAGACCCAAGAAGCCAUCGACGAGGAGUUCACGAAGCAGGACGAAUGGGUCGUCAAAUCGAUCACGAGUGUCGCCCGUAUGGGGUUUUUUUCGACCGAUCGUGUGGUUGGUGAGUAUGCCGAUGAGAUUUGGAACGUUGAGUCGUUGGAUGUUGAGUAG